AUGACAAAGGAAACUGUGCACAGUACACGUCUGUUUGAAGCGGGAGCUUUCCAAGAAUGGCCGACUCUAGACGCUGGUCCUUAUUUUGACACGACGGUUCCGACGAACGUGACGGGCCUCGUUGGGAAAAGCAUCCAACUAGUCUGUAAAGUGAAGAACCUGGGAAAUAGAACCGUUUCCUGGGUAAGACAUCGAGAUAUACACCUGCUUACAGUAGGUCGUUACACCUACACGAGUGACCAACGUUUCGAGGCGAAGCACAUCCCUCAUACAGAAGAAUGGACGCUCUGGAUACGAUACCCACAGAAGAAGGACUCCGGUAUAUACGAGUGCCAAAUAUCCACCACUCCACCCAUCGGACAUUCCAUUUACCUCACCGUGGUCGAGCCAGUCACGGAGAUCGCCGGAGGUCCAGAUCUGUUCAUCAACAAGGACAGCACGAUAAACCUGACAUGCCUGGUCAAAUAUGCUCCCGAGCCACCGUCCAUGAUUGUUUGGAGUCACAAUCACGAAGCGAUUAACUUCGACUCGCCGAGGGGCGGCAUCAGCCUGGUCACGGAGAAGGGACCCGUGACUUCUAGCCGUUUGCUCAUUCAGAAGGCGAUCGAGAAGGACUCCGGACUCUACACUUGCUCGCCAAGCAACACUCAUGCGAACAGCGUACGAGUUCACAUCGUUAAUGAGCAUCCAGCAGCGAUGCAUCACGGGAGCGGCGACAGAAUAGCUGCGACCUUACUUACCCCCGUUCUACUUCUUUUGAUGAUCAUUUAG